UCCAAAAUGGAGUCAACGCAGUUCCUACACCACGUAGUCUACAAUGUCACAUAUUUAAUUGCAUCUAUGAAAUGGUGGAGUUUUGUGUCAAUUUUAAACUUUGUUGUCUUAAAACAAAGUUUCCUGUGAAUAUAAAAAUGAGUAUUGUUUCACAUCGUAAGUGAUCAGGUUUAUAUAACGAUGGCGCGCCUCAACCUUCGUAUCUGUGCGUGACGUGUUUUAUGUAGCUGUGCAGAUAGGACAGGAGUUGUCUUUGCACACAGUGAUAUUAGAAUACUUCUCAGCAUGACGGGAGCUUACCCCAACAUGGAGCCUUCCUGCGUAUUGAUCGCCAUUUAUAUCACAGCUGUUCUACACAGCAGUGUUCUGACAGCAACCCUAUUGGAUGAGAAGACUCGCAAGACACCUCAAGCUGCAGAGAAGGCCAACGAUCUAUCCUGCUUUGUAUGUGACAGUAUGGAUGCAGGGGAACGAUGCAGCAACCUCAACACAAGCGGUGUUAGCUUUAUCCACAAGUGCCAUGACGACAGAAGGAUCUGCAUGGUGAAGCGGUACUCCUACUCGACAACCACCGAGAAUUCGACCUACCCCACGAAGCGCCUGUGGUCACUGCAGAGGAACUGUACCAACAAAUGCGAGCCCGGGUGCAUAGUGAUAGGGGAGCGCACCAAACUCUAUGCCUGCACCGUCUGCUGCGGGCAGUCUCUCUGUAACACGAUGAACGACGGCGCACCCUACCACCGACACUCCAGCGUCGUGAUUCUCCUCUGCGUCCUCCUGCUGACGCCCUUCACAUCGUGACCCACCAAGAUCGCCUUAGCUUUCAUUUCAUACUAUGGAAAAAUAUAUACUAGCUGGAGUUGCAUGAACUGCUGACAUCUGGGAACGGUUGCAAGAACUGCUUGUACUUAUCUGUUCAGUAAUGGCGAAACAAGAUAUGCUGACAAAUAUGGUCAUUUGGUCAUACGCUGUAAAUGUUUCGAAUACGGGUGGGAAGCUCGAGGACUACAACAGUAGUAAGUAGCAAAGACAAACUGGUUAUGUGGGUUAUGUCGAACUUUUAAAAAACAAUAAUAUUUAGUGCUUUUGUAUGCUUAUGGGCGAUGAAACUCGUCCCUGCAGAACACCACGGACGAUUAUUACUCCAGGACUCUCAAUUCCGUGACACGAGCUUGAAAAUCGAAAACCGAAUAUCCCAGAAGCGAGGAGAGUUUUAAUUUUGUCUGCUGUUUUAAAUUAUAUAUAACUUUAUCAUGUUUUUCACGCAUCUUUUGAGACUACCAAUCUGUCUCUGAUAAGAAGGUACUGUUCUGAAUAUGAAUAUUACCCACUAAAGGGAUACGACGACAGAAAGAAAAAGCAUCACUGUUUGUUACAUGCUUCAUGAUAGUUUCUUGCUUGGCUUACUCUUGGACCCUGAAGAUGAACGCGAUGUAUUCUUCCGAAAUGUCGGUCGACAGAUUGUACAGUGUUAUAUCCCAGAAAACUAGACUCUUCAUAACCACCACUGCGAGAAUCCCAAUUCCUACACAGGAUACAAUCAGUCUCACCGGAAAGAGAACACAAGUAUUACAAAGUACCACAAAUAAAGAAGUUAUGUAUGAGAUAAUAUUUUUCUCUAUUUUGAAACUUAGAAUUAUACGAUUAGUCUCAAUAAAAUAAUAAAAUUCUUUGUACUGUCCGGAGCCUGCAAACUACUGUAGGAAGGACUGUGAAUGAGAUUUCAUGUGUCUGUCGUGUGGUACCACAAUUAUACCAAAGCAUAUUGACGCAAAGAAGGAACAUUUCAAUUCAAUUGCUGAAGAAUAUAAAGAAAAGACACCAACAAUUUACGUGUACUGAAAAGGGAGUUACGUGACCUGCAAAAUGUUUGUAUGCAGUGAGAUUUGCAAUUACAGCCAAUCCUAGAAAACUGCUAAUAGAAGCUGAGAACAGAAUUUUACACCGAAAUGAAUUUAAGAGCACCUGUCAGUCAAGAAAUACGAAACUUAAAUAAUUACUUUAUAUGCCUAUAAAUCGCCUUGUAGUAAAUGUCCCUGUAAUAUUCAAACAGCGGAUUUAUCAUUUUAACUGCAUUCAGGUUGACGACGUACGGACUCAAAUUGUCUGUUUGUAACAUAUUUAACACCCUCAGUUUCAUUUAAAGUAUAGAAUUUGUUUUUUUAUAUAGUUUCUUGAAAAAUCAGUAGAAUAUUAGUCCGUUUUGGUUACAUCGUACAACUUGAAUUAGAUCCCUUUGAAUGAGCUGAAGCAUCUAAAAUAAUUUCUGUGUUUUUAAUGUUACUAUCACAAUUCUAAUAUGACACAUCUCGACCAGCACGUUUUGUAAAUACAGGAGUAUUUUAAUAAAUAAAAUAAUCU